CCCUCCUAAUCUCAGGAAUGACAUCCGAACGAGAGGAUAUCAUGGAGUUAUACAUUGAAACAUGUGGAAUAAGUUUGUAAACUUGAAUUUGAAACUUUCACGUUAAGAGCAGCGCAUCCAAUAAACUGCAUGCACUUUAGAUUGGCGAUCGACUUAAUGGUUGAGAAAGAGGAAUCAACGGGCUCGGUCCGUCAUCGCCUGCGUUAGAGUGUGCCGGGUGAUGGCGAACAUGUCCGGGGAUGAGGACGGCUGUCCCGAGGCGCAGUUGGUCUCUGAGGCCGGGCCCAACUGGCUGCGCGCGGAGAUCGAGCGCCUGGCGCGGGAACUGAGCGAGACGAGCCGCGAGAAGAUCCAGGCGGCGGAGUACGGGCUCGCGGUGCUGGAGGAGAACCAGCAGCUCAAACAGCGCUUCGAGGAGCUGGAGAGCGAGUAUGAGGGCGUCAGACAAGAGCUGGACCAGCUCAGAGAGGCAUACGGCCAGGUUCACUCCACUCAUAGAAAGGUGGCUGCAGACGGAGAAAGCAGGGAGGAGUCCCUCAUCCUUGAGUCGGCAUCUAAAGAGGCAUACUAUGAGCAGAGAGUGCAGGAACUGCAGGCUGACCUGCGACAAACAAAAAACACCCUCACCAGCACCCAGGCAGAGAACGAACGCCUGGCCACCCUUGCACUCGAGCUGAGAGAGAAUAAUGAGAUCGUGGAGCUCCAGCGCAGUCGCCUACGUGACGACAUUAGAGAGUACAAGAUUCGAGAGUCUCGUCUGCUGCAAGACUACACUGAACUGGAAGAGGAGAACAUCAGCCUUCAGAAACAAGUCUCCACCCUUAAACAGGGUCAGGUGGAGUUUGAGGGAUUAAAGCAUGAGAAUCGACGCUUGGAAGAGGAAGUUCAGUACCUAAACAGCCAACUAGAGGAUGCUGUUCGGUUGCGUGAAAUAGCUGAGCGUCAACUAACAGAGGCUCUAGAAACCGUGAAGACCGAACGGGAGCAGAAAGCAGCUCUUCGAAAAGAGCUGACACAUCACAUGACCCUGGGAGACUCCCUUCUUGCCAGUUCAUUGGAUGGGCUCAAACUGAGCGCAGAGGAACCAAAUAACGAUGAGGCCAUUUUGACAUUUGAAAACGGAUUAGCUAAAGUCAGUGAAGUUAACGACGAAGAUAACAGACUGUCUUCUCCCAAAAGAGAUGGAAACUUCCGUCCCGCACCCAGUCUGGUGGAUGACUUGUUGACAGAGCUGAACAUCUCUGAAAUCCAGAAACUCAAGCAACAGCUCUUACAGGUGGAGCGAGAGAAGGUGGCUCUUCUCACCACUUUACAAGACUCUCAAAAGCAGUUAGAACAUGCUCGAGGCGCAUUAGCUGAACAGCAGGAAGCUAUGACGAGACUUAACGAUGAUUUGGGCGUAAUGAGGAGAUUGCAGGCAGGCAAGGAGCGGCAAUCAGCCCUGGACAGUGAGCGAGAGCGGGACAGUCGAGAGGACAAUGAUGUGGACUAUUAUGAGCUGGAUAUCAAUGGGCCAGAGAUACUUCGCUGCAAGUAUGAAGUAGCCAUAGCAGAAGCAGGUGAACUUAGGGAGGAGCUUAAGGCACUAAAUUCGGAGCAUGAUGAGAUGAAGGCAGAGCAUGAGGAAGUACGGGCACGACUGGAGGGACAUGUGCGUGACCUCAGUGUUCAAGUGUCUUAUUUGGAGGGCAGCAGCCGUGCAGACCGUGAUCAAGUCGCUCGGUUGGAAAAGGAGCUGAAGGAAGUGAGUGCAGUUGCCGGCGAGACAGAAGGCAGUCUCAGCGUUGCUCAGGAUGAGCUUGUUGCUUUUAGUGAAGAGCUUGCAAACCUCUACCACCAUGUCUGCAUGUGCAACAACGAAACCCCGAAUCGCGUCAUGCUCGAUUUUUAUAAAGAAGGUAAAGGAAACAAGACGGAAGGUAAAGAUCUUCAGUCUACGUUGACGCAAACCAGUGAUGGAACAGCCGAGACGAUGAGGUCAAACUCCACUGCAGCUGACAGCUCAACUUCUGUGACAUCAGUCAGAGAAGAUCCACGUCCUGAACCAAUGGACAUCUACAACCUAGUAGCAAUAAUUCGGGAUCAGAUACGCCACUUGCAGAAGGCGGUCGAUCGUACAACAGAACUAUCCAGGCAACGAGUAGCUUCUCUAGAGUUGGCCGCAGUGGCGGAUAAAGACCAAGCUGCUUGCAUGGAGGAGAUUUUGAAGCUCAAGUCCCUGCUGAGCACUAAGCGAGAACAGAUUGCCACGCUGAGGACUGUGCUCAAGGCCAACAAACAGACUGCAGAGGUUGCCCUGGCAAACCUAAAGAGCAAAUAUGACAAUGAGAAGGCCAUGGUCACCGACACAAUGAUGAAGUUGAGAAACGAGCUGAAGGCUCUUAAAGAAGAUGCCGCCACAUUCUCCUCUCUCAGGGCAAUGUUCGCCACCAGGUGUGAUGAAUACGUGACGCAAUUGGACGACAUGCAGAGGCAGCUGGCUGCGGCAGAAGAUGAGAAGAAGACACUGAACUCCCUCCUGCGUAUGGCCAUUCAGCAGAAACUGGCCCUUACACAGCGAUUGGAGGAUCUGGAGUUUGACCACGAGCAAUCCCGAAGAGGAUCGGGUGCUGGGCCGGGUGGCCGUGGGAAGGCUUCAUCUGGCCGUGGCAGGGGACCCUUAUCGUUUUCCAGCCCCCAUGUAAGUCCUAGACUUCCCUGUAAGAACCGACCGCAACCACACGGCCUCAUUGGAAGUCCUGCGGUUUUCUGCAGUGAGAAGUAUAAAAUUCUGUGUGACACUGGAUCCGAUUAACACCUGUGUGUAACUGUCACUCGUCUGCGUCCUCAUGCUAACUAACAUUCCUUUUACUGUACGUGUGCUUGGGAUAGAACAAAACUAGCAUGUCGCUGUUUGUGCUAGCAGUUCUGAUGGCUUCGUUAAUAGAGGUCGGUCAGAUGGUGAGAUUGGAUGGGUUGGUAAUACCAUACAAGUUAUCGCAAUCACUACAAGUAAAAGAAAUGACUAAAAUAUGUUUUGUAAUAGACUAACUCCAAUAUUUGGAUACCAAAUUGAGUCUCUUUUAUGACUUUUAUUAUCGAGGAACACCAGUACUCUUGACAUUUGUACUAGAAAGCAGGUUGUAGUGCAUGCAGAUUUCUGUUAUGCAUUGAUUAAUUGCACAACCUACCACAUUUGACAUUGUUUAAUAUAUAACCAGAAGCACACUGUACAAACAGAUAUAUUAGAUUCAAUUGCAACUAAACUCACUGAGCUUGGAUAUCUAUAAACAAGUAUUGAGAAAACGAUACUUGGAAAAUGUCUAAACAUGGUAGAAUACAUUUGAUGUUUGUCUAAAUUGGUCUUUUCUCUCAAUGUUUUUACUUUAACCCGACCAGCAUUGAAUGUCAUUGAGUUAAACCCAGUUUCACAAAGCUAGUCUGUUAAUCUCUGUCAGUGCAAAUAAAUCUGUGUAAUCCUGACCGAGACGCACCUUACUGAGCCUGCUGGGAGCUUUGCAAUCCAGGUUGCAACCCUAAAGGACAUAAUUGAUGCUACAGAUUUUUUGGGGGCUAAAGAUAUGACAAAAUUGACAGUUGCCAUAAGUUAAUAUAGAGUUUUUUUGCACACUUUGUCGUCCGUGUCUUUUUCAUUGAGCCUUUCAGGCAGCAUAACUCAUUGUCCACAUUGUCCAUGAUUCUGAACCACCGUAGAGUGCAUGUUCUGUUCAGUUUUAACAGUUUAUAUUAGUUGGCAUGUUAUCUGUUGCAUGUGAGUCUUCUGCUUCCUGCGGUCCAUUGCAUCUGGACAAAUGAGUCCUCCGUGUUUUGCUGUGUACUAACGGGUCUAACCUGUCUCAUUGUUGACGGUAACUUUCACUAUGUCCAACGUGAUCAGCUUGACUACAUUAUUUACAAUACAUUUGGAUCAGCUGUGAUGUAAUAAUAAUUCUGACGAUGGUUUUGUUUCCCAAUUUUGCAGUAAUUUUAUUAGCUCUGAAGAUUAUACGCAAACGGUUAUUUCCCUCUUCACCAUACGUCCCUGGAUGUGGCUGCAAGAAAACACACAGGCUCACAUGCAAAGCCAACCGAUCUAAUAACGAUUCUGACUGUUCCUGUGGUAUUUUUUUCUUCUUCUUUAUUUUGGUUUAAUGCGCACUUUUAGUGCGUUUGGUUAUGUGAGAGAUGCACAUUUCGGUAUACUUGGCACAUUUGUUUUUGUUUUGUUCUCGCAAAUUUUACGUAUUUAACUGAAAAGCAAAAAUAAUAUAAAACUGUUUAUAGUAUUAUAUGCUUAACUGUCAAGCUCUAAGCAUAUUCCAGGGAGAACGAUUGUUAGCAAGGCCUGUAUUUGUUUCUUGUUCUUUUAAAUAGUCAAACAUUUGAAGUAAACAUUAGCUUGCUGUCAACUCCACUCCAGGGGCAAUGAAGUUUGACUUGCUCCUGAAAGGUUUGGAGUCAAUUUUUACAGUGGGUCAAGCAUAUGUUAAAUUCAAGACAUAAAAAAUAUUGAUUCCAAAUUGGAAUACUUUCUACUUUCUACUUUUUUUUUUUUUUUUUUUUUGCCAAAAACUACAUUAAGGUCAGCAUUUUGUAUUUUACAUUACAAUACAUAUUUGUUUCAGACACUAUCUUUUUUUUGUAUAACCCUCUCCUAAAACCUCCUGUGCCUUUUUAUGCAACUAUUUGUUUUUGGUUUCAAGAACAAUUUCUAAGAGCCAUAGUCUUCAGUAUUUCUGUCGGUCUCACUGUAGAUCUAGCCCGCUUGGCCCGCAUCUAAUUCGGACAAUAAAUAAUAAUGGAAAAAACUCUUUCUGAAUGUCAUCUCGGAUUGCUCAUUUAGGAGAUUUGAAAUGUUAGUAAGCAUUAGGUGUGUUAAAAUCAUACAUUCCUUUUGAGGAAGUAAUGAUUUCUGAUGGCGGUCUCAUGGCCGUGUGUUGACAUUGUUAGUCAUUAUUUUCCUUUGCUUAAUCUUGCUAAUAAUUUUGUUACUUGUUUGUAUUUCAGCAAGCAGAAAACGUUGCCUCAGAACAUUAGUGCCAUUUCAAAUUUAAGACACAAAGUUUUAAAGACCUUUUUCUUUUCUUUUGACUACAAAUUAAGUGCAAUUUUGUGCCGUUUCUGGAGUUCAUACAAGUUUUCUAUUUGCUGAAACCGCUUCAUCAGCCACGUCAUAGCUUUAUAUGACGUUUUGAGUUUAUUUUUACACAUUUAUAUGGAAUGACCUCACGUGUUUGUUAUUAUUUAUUCAUAACCUUGGCUAUCAGUUCAGUAUUAAUGAUUAGGUUUGUAUGCAUUAUUACUGGCACAUGCGCUGCCUCUUUGCAUUUCUACUUGAAAUCAGGUACAAUGUAAGCUAUACUGCCUCAUCUGUGUUUUAUUUUUUUUUUACUUUUUUUUUUUUUUUUUUACACAGUGCUGAUGUCAAUGUUCUGCUUUUUUCUAAACAUUUGUGCUCUGUAGUUUAUUAUGAGGAACACAUUAUAGGCCUGUGUCUGUCUUAACAUUUCUCAUUGACAAAAAAAUAAAUAAAUAAACUAAUAUAAAACAUUA